UAAAAGUACAUAACAAGAUAGAGAGAAUGAAUGGAAGAUCAACGGGAUAGUUAUAUCCAUGAUCAAUAUGUGGUAGUUUGUGUACAGUUGCAUUAAUAUGUUAUCCUGUCAUAUUUACCAGCACAAGACAAUGGGGUUGACCUAUUCGUGACCUUGGGAGAAUCCACCAGGUUCGAGUCCCAUCCUCCACAUGUGGGGGUGGAUUAUUUUGGGGGAUUCGGAGUAGGGGUAAGAAAGUUUGUCGUUAAAAAAAAAAUAGUUUCCUCCUCAGAACAUGUCGCCUCAAAAGGAGCCCUUAUACCACUCUCUCCAUCCAUUACAUUCCUUGUCGCGUACAUCAUGUUUGGAUUACGAUAUUUUGUUAUGUGAUGUGUGUGGUCAGGAACUCAUAUUUGAUACCUGUCAUCGGUGUGAGCCAUGUAAGUUUGUUGUUUGCAGUAAGUGUGUUAUGGCGGAAAAAGCUCAGAAGGAUGCUGCUACUGCACUCAAGGAAGAGUUAGUGAUCAAGUUUGUACAUGACGGUCACAACCCACAACACACUUUAACGAUCCAAUCAAGACCUGCUGCCUUCCAUUGUAAUGCUUGCAACACUAAAAAAGAAGACAUGUUUUAUCAAUGUGAUCAGUGUGACUUUUGGAUCCACAAGGCAUGUACUUCGUUGCUCGAGACCAUUGACCUGCCGUAUCUCCAUCAUCACAAACUCGACCUUGUUUUUUCACUACCAGAGAAGUUCUACAAUUAUAAAUACAAGUGCGAGUUGUGCGACAAAAGAAUUAUGCAAACGGACUGGACAUAUCAUUGUUCAAAUUGUAGAUACUUUAUCCACAUUAAGUGUGUCCCAAAUUCAGACCAACCAUCCACUCAAAGACUUGAAGUUAAUGUUGAAGAAGAGGCAACUGAUAGUAACAUUCUGCAUUUGCCCAUGUCACACGCACUCACGGAUCCAUUGAAACUACUUCAUUCUAACAACGAUCCUACUACACCAGGUGGUGGUGGUGAUGAUAACGAACAGCUAGAAAUUAGUCACUGGAGUCAUGAUCAUCUAUUAUUCCUUACAGAUGUACCACAAGGUGAUAAGAUUAACAUGCCUGAUAUUGGUUGUAGUACUGAUCCAAUAAUGGUAUGCCAUAUUUGUGUACGACCCCUCUCGAUUCCAUAUUAUAGUUGCAAGCAUGACGGGUGUUCAUUUACUCUCCACAAGUAUUGUGCUGAGUUAUCACGCACGUUAGAACAUCCACUCCACCCGGAUCAUCUCCUUGAAUUGGUAAAACAAAAUUAUGCAUCACUAUGUUACUUUUGUGACAAAAGAUGCAACACAUUUAUGUUCCAAUGUAAAACCUGUUCAUUUUGCAUUGAUGUCAACUGUGCAUUUCUACCUAAAAUCAUCAAGCAUAAGUUCCACAAGCAGCAUCCUCUCGUCCAACGUAUUGGCCGUCUCUGGAAGCAAUGUAUAACAUGUGAACGAAGAAUAAUUGCCGGCCAUUAUUCUUGUGAUGCUUGUAACGUCCGACUAGAUUGGCAAUGUGCACUUAGAUCGCCACGUUUACUUCCUCAUAGGUAUUGCAAGGGACAUGAAAUCCCAUUGACAUAUCCCCCUAUAGAAGAUCAUCCUGAUGAUUUCUAUUGUGAAAUCUGUGAGGAAGAUAUGUACCCCAAACUCCCACUCUAUUAUUGUGGCAAAUGCAAAAACUCUUUUCACAUGCAUUGCCUAAGUAGAGAGUAUAAGUAUGAAAACUACGUGUUGGAGGGGACUUUAAGUAUUCCUGAUCAUAAUCAUCCAUUAACAUAUGUUAGAAGAAAGAAAGUGCCAAAAGAGGUAUGCUUUGGUUGUAAUGGUGACAUUAAUGGCCUUCUAUUCCUUGAGUGUCGGAGUGGAAACUGCCCUUAUUGUUUGUGUCUUGAGUGUCUACCAUCCGGAAAGAGACCAUAA